UAUGCACAGAAAACCAAGACCAACACCUUUGAGCCCGCAAAAAAUAAUAAAUAACUUAGGAAAUCGAAGGAUAAGCCUAAAGCAUGAAUGAAAAUCCCCCAUUCCAAAAAUCACCCAAAGCUUGUUCCCAAAAGAAGUUGAAGAUAAGCAAAUACAAAACAUGAAAAUAUUUGAUCAGAACAACAAUGAAGGGAUGCCAAGACAUUGGGACGAUAAACUUAAGCCCUACAAAGGAAAUCCUUCCAUUUAUGAUUCUAUAAACUUUACGACCUUAAAGCCAGAUUUGACUAAUAGGCUUAACCUCUUAGAUCAUAAUAACAAGAGAACUACUAUGGUAUAUUCAUCAUCCAGUAUGAGAAGAUCAAACGACCAGUCCAUCUCUAAAAGAAGUACUGACCGCUUAAUCCCUCAGCCUGAAAAUAAACACCGUUCAAUGCGAACAAAUAGACGAAGGUUGAAGUCUUACCAGAAUGCAAUGAAUAAGACUGGGAAGAAGAGUGCUAAUCUAGAUAGUCCAUACAUGAAAGUUGGGGUUUGAAGAUGCAAAAACAGAAGCAGAGAAGACUCAUUAUCAAAAGAAAAAGAAGAUGCCAAAGCUGCCACUAUGGUUCUUACAAAAAUGAUAGCAGAUGAAAAAUAAAGAAGUCAAGAAGCUUUCUAAGAAAAAUCAGGAUUUAUUGAAUAAGAUAUCUGAACUCGAGAAACAACUUUCAGAUGUUACAGAAUGUCUAAGAAAGCAAGAACAAAUGUGGAUCAAGUCAAUUGAAACUACUUCUCCAACUCAAAAAGUGCCCAACAGAUCAAUGAAAAUAGACAUGAACUUUUCUUCCAAGACUAAAUCUAACAAAGCACAAAUUGGAGAAAAGCCUAAAGUGAAAAUUAAUUACAGACAAAAUAUGAAGACGAUGGUUCAUCAAAAAUAUUUAAAAUAAGAUUGAAGACUUGCAGAAAAGACACGAAAAAGAGAUGCAUUUGCUAAGAAGAAGCUUUGCGAAGCAGUUAGAAGAUAUGACUGAAUUAGUAGCGGCCACUUCGAACGAGACAAUCAAAGUUAGAGAUGAUGCUGUAACCAAAUGAAGAUCAUUGUUUGAUAUCGUAAUUGAUAAAGAUGUUUUGAUUGAAGAGCUAGAGGACCAAAUUUCAAAAGCUAAUCAAACAACCAAUGAUAGUGAGAGUGACGGGGAGAUAUACCAACUAAAAGCCAAAAUUCAAGUUCUGAAAACAAACUUAAAAAUAAAAGAGAAAGAAAACAACGAAACAGAACGUAUGAACUCAAAACUUAAAGCCAAAGUGAUCCAACUAAAAAAGAAGAUCCUAAAAUUCACAAGUCCUUGCAGAGAGAACACUAUUCGUCUUAAAUAACAUUCCUACUCUACCUCGUAAAUACUCAUUGCUCAACAGGGCACAAAAGGGUUGGACCUCUGAGCUCUUGGCUUUAAGAAUGAACUUGGGAUUGUUAUUGAUAAUUUCGGCAGCCUAUUUAAUAGCAUUGGGGUUGUAGACUUUCUUCUAGUAAAUUAGAAUAAAGGGUGUCCAUCUUUAUGUCAAUCUAGCUUGGCUUAGGUAAUAGAGCUCAAAAAUGGUGAAAUGGAAAUAGAAAUUAUUCAAAUCUGGAAUUCAAACUUGACGAAUUUUUCAAUAAUAAAGUAAUCCUUUAGACACCCAUAAAUACUUUGAAGCAUAUAAACCUCAUUAAAAGAUGCCUUUUUGGUAAUAUAUUUAUUGGAGUGAAAGUGAAAUACUAUCGUUAAAAUCAAGAUAGUCCGAUUCAUUAAGAUGAAGUCUUCAUCAAAGAUUAUAUCAGAUUCUUAAAACAUUUGCUGGCCUGGUAAGAAACUAAUAGAACUUUCAAUAAUCUAAGAAAAAUUCUAAACCCGCUGGAGUAAACCUAUUUCUUUAAAUGGCAAAUUUUAUUAAUAAUCUGUUCAUUAAACCGACUUAUGUCCUUAAUUAUAAUUUUAUUUGCAUUCUACUUCAUUCUGUCAACGGGGCCUUAACUCUCUAUGCUUUAAAUUUCAUCUCAGCUUUUGGGAAUAGUUUUUAUGAAU